GCAGAGAGGAGAAAACAGGCUGUGGUAGAACAAGUGAUGGUGGAUCAGUUAUCUAGAGCUGUUAUAAGUGAUCCAGAGCAGUCCAUGCCUGCUGAUGUUUAUAAGGAAGCUCGAGAACGUCUUCAACCUGGGACAGCACCAAUGCGUCUUAGAAAAAGAACGCUGCAUGAAACAAAAAUACGGACCAAAUCAGGAUUAACUGAAAACAUGCUCUCUAACAAGUUACGCUUUGAUAGUAGGAUUAUAUCGAGAACAAAUGCCUUGCCUUUCAUUCAGAAGGGAGUUUAUCAACAUCAGCGUGGACAAAAGAAGGAAAAAGCUUAUGAUCUUAGUGACUUCUAUAUUGGAGCUAACCUAACUUUCCGAAGUGCUGAUCAUAACCUUCCAGAAAGUGUUAAGCAGAACCCAGUUCUCACCCUUCGUGUCAUAAGUAUUGAUGAAGCAGCUAUGGAUUCUCUAAAAGCUUCUAUGGAAUUAAAGGAAGAGUGUUCUCUGCAAGUGGUUGAUGACAGCAAAGUUCUCAAGAAGAUUCAAGGUAUACUCAGAGAGACGCUAAGUAAAAGAGGAGUUCGGGUUAUAACAGGCAUAGGAAAGUAUUUCCGACAAGUAGACAAGAACAGAAAUGGUUUCCUCUCUCAGGCAGCCUUUAAAGAAGCUCUAAAACUAUUCCAUUUGGAAAUUCCUGAAGGGGACUUUAAAUCCCUAUGGCUUAUUCUUGAUGACAGCAAGAGUGGUAAGGUCGACUAUGGAGAAUUUACUCAUGCCGUAUUUGGAGAAAUGAACGAAUACAGAAAAGCGUUUGUAAGAAAAGCUUAUAUGAAACUAGAUUUCAGCAAAACUGGGAGUGUGCCUAUGGUAGAUAUCAGAAAAUGCUACUGUGCAAAGAAGCAUCCUCUAGUAUUGGCAGGCAAAGCUACAGAAGAAGAAAUAAAAUCAUCAUUUCUAGAAACAUUAGGGGAGUCCUGCAGCAACCCCAAUGAAGUGUCCUAUUCUGAGUUUGAAGAUUACUAUGAAGGAUUAAGCAUUGGAAUCAUGGAUGAUGAUGAUUUUGUUAAUAUCUUAAGAAACCCUUGGGGAAUUUAG